UUUCAAUCCUAAGCUUUCCAUGUGUUAUUUGUACUUGGUUAAUGGCGUAAUCUGAAUCAAAGCAGAAGUACAAACAACCUGGGACUUUGUCCCCCUGUCAAAACUUCUGCAAAUAAAAGCUUGUAAAACCCAGUUGGGGGUUGGACUGUUGGAGGAACAAAUGGCUGUGGUUCCGAUAUGCUACAAAAUGCCUUACAAAGGAUAUGCUCAAUCGAAUCACUACGUAAUCGGACAAAGGGACAGCAAAUUUCGAUGUGAUUAUAUUCCGACUUCUGCAAAUACUGCUAGAGAACAUAAGAAUCUAGGGAUGGUUUGGUAUGCUGCACCAGAUUCCGGUACGAACGGGGAGCAACUGAGAUCCUUGGAUUCUUACUUUGGGAAGCUCCAAAAUGUCACGAAUCUGCCUCUGGAUAAUUCAAACAAGACAAGGGAGCAGCAACUCAGUAAAAAUAGUGGUCAGCUGAGAUUAAAGAAGGGUUUGGAGUCUCUUGAUGAUUAUCUUGGAAAACUUAAUAAUAAUGGUGGAGACUCGGCGAAUUCGACAUCUAGCUAUUUUGAUCUUACUACUGAAGAAAUUCCAAUUGCGAAACCAUCAGCUAUCAUUCGAGAUUCUGGAAAUGGUGAUAAGAGGGUACUGAAGACAUAUAGGAAUCCUAUAAGUAAAAGGGAAGAUCUUGGUCCAGAGAAUUCUCAAGAUCCGCUCGAGUAUAAUGACAUCUCUGAUCUCUACUUAAUAAGCAUAUUGGGUUCUGUAAACAUUGCAGUGUUUCUGUUUGAGAUUGCGAGUCCGGUUAGGAACACUGACUUAGGGCUCUUCUCUCUUCCAUUGCUAUAUGGAGCAAAGAUAAAUGAUUUGAUCCUGGUUGGGGAAUGGUGGAGGCUAGUCACACCCAUGUUUCUGCACUCAGGACUUUUCCACAUAGCUGUUGGUUGCUGGGGACUUGUUGCAUUUGGGCCUAAAGUGUGCAGAGGCUAUGGAUCAUUCACAUUUUUCUUGAUUUACAUACUUGGAGGAGUCUCCGGCAACUUGAUUAGCUUUCUUCAUACACCAGAGCCAACUGUUGGCGGAACGGGACCAAUAUUCGCUAUGAUCGGAGCUUGGCUCGCUUAUCACGUCCAGAACAAGGACAUAAUUGCAAAGGAUGUUUCGGAGAGUAUGUUCCAAAAGGCUGUCAUAACCACGCUUCUUAGCUUCGUGUUGAGCAUUUUCGGUCCUAUUGAUGAUUGGACACAUUUUGGAGCAGCAUUUACAGGAGUGGCAUAUGGUUUUUUGACAUGCCCAACUCUUCAACUGGAUGAUGCAUCAUCUUCUCCAGCGAGUGGGCAAGAGGAAGGAGUCGCACUUUUUAGACGAUAUGCAGAUCCUUGCAAAUCACUGUUUUUCUUUGCCCUAUUUGUUCUUGUAUUAAGCUCUAUACUUUUCUUUGUUGAACCUCCUCUCGAUGUCAUAGCAUCAGAUACUUCUCUUUAAAACUUCAACAAGGAUGCAAUUUUCAAUUAUACAACAUAUUUAGCUUAUUUGUGAAUCGAAA